AAAAAAAGGCAGUAAUUGUAAGACAACAGACAAAAACACAACUCAAAACGCAGCACAAACAAAUCUGAAUAUAAUGCAAACUAUAAGAGAAUCGCAACGAACCAAAUGAAUCGAACAAAUAGAUGGAUUGUGUAUGCACCGUAAUGAAUGGCAGUUCAGCACAGCACUGCUAGUAAACAGUUGUAAUACAUGGUAUUGAGUGUUAGGACUUUUUGUGAGCGGCGCACAAAAAACGUUCAAAUUUUUGUUAUUGUUUUGCUGUUUUGCUGUUUUGCUGGUGCUGUUGCUGUUGCUGCUGCUGUUGCGGCCGUUGUUGCAUUUGUUUGUUGUUAUUGUUGUUAUUGUUAUUCCUAGUGGUUUUUAUCGUUUGAUGAAGCACAACGCAACAGAUUCUCACUGAAAACAAGUCACAAACCGCUACGACAAAUGAUCAGCACAGAUCAACCACAACGCACACCACAACACCCAGCCAGUAGAACAACAGUUAUAUGGAAGAGAGGAGGGCAGAAAAAACAAAAAAUCCCAAAGCACCACAACAGCGUUUACUGAAUUUAAAAACGACAUUUGCGCCAGACAACAAAAUUAGAUGAAACUAAACAGUCAACCAAUGAGGAUAUCGAGCAAGCGGGCUAGCGAGCGUUCGUCAUGUCAUGAACGUGCAAACGGAAAUCAAAAGUGAUCGUUACAAAAAUUUCAAAUCGAUGAAAAAGCGUAGAAGUUGUUAAACAAAAUGCGUAGUUUUCAACGCGGCUUCUUUUGUGGUGAUCUAACGCUACGUUAUCCUUAUCAUACUGACACUAUAUCAGUUCCUAUGCUGUUGUUAUGCAUGCUUAUGCUGCCGUUCCUUUUCAUAGCCGUGAUCGAAGUGAUACGUUUGUGUCAUAAUUUUCGAGUGCGUUUGUAUGCGCGUAACAUCAGCCAUAGUUUGGGUUGCUUUAGUUUCGGUUUCAUAGCCACCUAUCUGAGCACUGAGUUAGCGAAGAAUGUAAUUCAUCGCCUGCGGCCGCAUUUCUAUGCUGCUUGUCAGCCACGUAUGCCCGAUGGCUCCACAUGUGAGGAUUACAAAAAUCGCAUUCUAUACGUUGAACAAUAUUAUUGCUCCAAUCGUAAUCUAUCCACACGUCAGCUACGUGAAUUGUAUGUCUCCUUUCCCAGUGCACAUUCGAGUUUGUCAUUCUAUGCCAUGUUAUUUUUGGCCUUUUACCUGCAUGCCGUUUGGCGCCAGGGACGUGGUGUAUGUCGUGUCUUACGUCACAUGUUGCAAUUUCUUAUGGUCUCGUUAGCCUGGUUUAUAACGUUGAGUCGCGUAGCCGAUUAUUGGCAUCAUUGGUCGGAUGUGUUGGCGGGCGCUGUAAUGGGUAUCAUAUAUGCCAGCCUGAGUGCCUUAUAUGUGGGUCGUUUAUACUGGCAUGCAAACUUCACAAGCAGCAAUAGUCAAACCUCGAAAACGCGUAAAAAUCUAUUCAAACGUACUUUGCAACAUGUUGCUACGUCAACGGCAAACUGCUCUACACCGCAACUGCAGCAUCAAGUCUUAGCUCAGUCAACUGCUGGAAAUGCACAAGCCAAAGAGCAUCUUAUGUCUAGCUCGAACGACUGCAUCGAAUGGAAAUCACAAGCCAUCUUACCUACAUAACAUAAAUAUUAACAAUUGCGAUGGUAAUGGCUGGAGUCAGUCUCGCCUGACUUGACUGCCUCAACACAUGAUCCAUAAUAAAUAACAUAAAAAGGGAAGAAAUAAUUUACAUAAUUUAUCUCUCUUGUGUCUAUUUAUAAACUUGCAUCAAACGCCUAAACCCACCCGUGUAAAGAUGAGGCAAUGUGUAAUAAGUAUUUCUGUAUGUGUGUGUGUGUGUGUGUGUGCGUGUGUGUGUGUGUUAUGUGUAUGUGUGUAUGCGUGUGUGUAUGUACAUGUAUUUGUUUAUAUGAAUAUUUAUGUAUGCACGUGUGUGCACAUAUUCACUAAAAGCGCGUAUCAUUUCGCUAUAACGUAACUUUUAACAGACAAUACAAUUAUUUUGUAAUUGAGUAUUUAUUAUUUUACGUAUUUAUUGGAAUGUGAUAAGGAUUGUGUAUGCAUGCGUCCAUGUAUUUAUAUAUAUAUAUGUAUAUAUAUAUAUAUUGUAUGAGUGCGGAAAAUUAUCAAAUAUAUCGUUAACUUUACGCCGCGCUAGCCCUUGUGAGACAAGUCCGCGUACAAAUUUACUUACUUAUUGUACUCACUUAAAAACAUAUACACGAUCUGUUCUUGUGUUUUUACUUUUCAUUUUUGCUAUUCAAGUGCUUACGAAAACUUUAUAAUUCCCAUAAAUUCCCCGAUAUUGAGAGCGAUAAUGUGUGCAAGGAAAAAAUCAAUAUUGUAAAUUAAGCCAAAUUUAUUGAUGGCGAUUUGUUAACACUAUAUGUGGUCUCUACUGUUCAAGUCGCUGAAAUGAAAUAGUUAUUGGACAACGGUUACGAUGCAUUGUGCUCUGCUCUGUUGUGCUGUGUUGUUUUGUAUACACCUUUAUAUCCCACGACUAUAAGCUACGGGUAUACUAACUUUCUUGUUCGGUAUGCGAUUCGUAGAAAUAUAUAUAUCACGAACGCUAUGUAUGUACAUGAGAAAAGAAGACUUAACGUUGAUUUUACGACAUCUUUUUUCUUCGCCACUCUGUUAGAUACACCUUCACUGCAAGCAUUGCCUAUGCAUUAAUUUGUGAGGAAAUUUGUGUAAAUGCUUUAAAAGAACAGAAAAAUUGCGAAAUAAUGAGCAAUUUGUCGAAAUCAUUGAUUGAUUGCUUAAGUAAGCCAUAGGAUGACCGUCGAUUCUUCAUUAAUAGCGAGCUAUUACUUGAUAAAUAUUAGAUAUAGAUAUCGCAUAAUAAACAAAUAUUCGACUGAAUCAUCGAUUAGAUCGAUUUCAUUGGCGAUCAAAAUUCAUUCUGAUUUUUUGGACAUAAAAAUAAAAGCCCCAUUAAAUUAAUUUCUCAAUUAGAGAGGCUUUAGUGAUAGAUAAGCUUGCAGGUCGAAGCAUUUCUUCGAAAUGAAAAUCUAUGCAAAGCAAUCCUUUAAUAAAUUUACAAAAAUUUAAUUAAUCCUUACUGUGCCUAAAUCUGAUCUGUGUAAAUAUAGUGAUUCAUGUUUUCUUCCGAGUUUUCCACAUGGUUUCAUCUCUUUUUUUAUGUAACUAUCUUACAUUUACUUACGGUAAACAUCGGCUUAGAUAGUCGACACUAUAUAUGUUUGAUGCAUAAUCGAGCAGAAAGCCUAACACGCACUGAUACGAAUAAGAUGGAAUCCGGAUACAAAAUGAUGCAUAGAUUCGUAGGAUAUUUUUUUUUCCCCCGAAACUCAACUUCACUACGAAAAAAUAUUAAAGAUUGUUAAGCUGCAACAAUAUGUUUCGAAUAUUUUUUUUUGCUAUCUUUUCGUACCUAAAUAAUAUAUAUAUAUAUAUAUCUAUAUAUGCGAUAAUUUAUAGAAAUGAAAUCAUCCCAAUGACAUAUGUCGUUAAAUAGAAAAAAACUUGAAUGGCUUUCUGUACGUGUUGAGUGUAUAAGAUUCGUCUUAAAAUGAAUAUAGUUUUUUUUUUUUUUUUAUAGUUGUUAUAUCUUAAGUCGUUGCUUUUAAUUUAUACAAAAAUAUGUUAUAUAAAUAAAUUUCGAAAAUCUAAGCUUGACUGAAGAAUUAUCUGGAAUAUAUAGGAGGUCUACAGUUUAAUACACAAAAAAUGAAUAAAUAUAUUUAUAUACAUUUAAAUAUAUAUGCAUAAGAAAAUAACUGUGCGUGAAGUCUCGGAUACGAAAUUAUAAAGGAAAUAAGUGGUGAUAUGAUUGAACAGAGAUCUUAUUCGAAAAUAUAUUACUUUUUACUUUAACUUUGUUUCGACCUGAAACAUUGCAUACAAAAUAUGUUGCUCGUAUAUGUCAACUAACAUGCAUAGUUGGUGUGUUCUUUCUUGCUCAGCCUAUUCAUUAAUGAAACAGUCUGAACUGGAAAGAGUUUGAGCGUAAGAAAUUUCACUCGAGUUCACGGGCGCAGUACAAACGUGAUUAGAUGCAAUUAGAUUAUGUUAGUAACUUGUGGUGUAUUGGGUGCGGAAAUAGAUUUGCAAAGAAUCCUUUUUAGCUUUGAUAAAC